CUUUAGUCAGCGGGCUGCACGCUGUUGUUUGCCCUAUUGGUCGAGUCAGACUGCCUGUAUUAGGACCCUGGGGGAAGCUUAUUUGACACUACAGUCAGCGGCCGUGCAGCGUAAGCAGUAGCUCAGUAGUGGUCUUCAAUUUCUGGGUCUAGUCGCGUCAACAUCCUCGGCCUCGUCUCCUGAUGGCUCCUUGUCUUCGAAGCUCAAGCCGCUUCAUGGCUCACUCAUGGUUGGAUGCCGUGGCGUCCAUACCUGGUCGAGUGAGAUUGCCAUACAUUAAGCCCGAUUAGUGUACGGCUUGUCCCUGGCUUCGUAGCUAAUUCCUAGCUGUUCUCCACCAUUUAUACUUUACAACGACGUCUGCCAGUUCUCAGCCUUUUCCAAUGCUGCGAUAUUAAGCUCCUCUUCCUCUCAAUACUGUUUCACACGUUUUCAUCUCUCCACAGCUCUUGGGAGACGAUUCCGUAGACAGAACUCACUCCAGACUUGACGAAUAUGUCAGUCGCCUCGGAGCAAACACUCGUCGGCGAAGUAGACCACAAGAACGAGUACUUCCACGCCAAAGCAUCAAUCCGAGACGACGGCCGCGUGAACAUACAUCUUCGAGAUAAAGCGUCAGCACUCACAAAAUACCUUGAGAAGCGGUCACGACAUCCCCGAGGCCAUCCACAGAUAGGCGAGGAUCUCACGCCGAACAACCGAGAAUACGAAAACAACUUCCAGUCCGUGCUAGGCAAAUAUGCAAACUGUCCGCGAUUGAAUAUCGCGAUCCAUAUCGUUGGAUCGAGAGGAGAUGUCCAGCCUUUUAUUGCGAUCGGUAAGGUGUUGAUGAAAGAGCCGUAUAAUCAUCGGGUGAGAUUAUGUACGCAUCCCGUGUUCAAGGGAUUUGUCGAGGAGAAUGGACUGGAGUUCUUCUCCAUUGGAGGCGAUCCUGCGAGCUUGAUGGCAUAUAUGGUGAAGAAUCCAGGUCUGAUGCCUGGUAUGGAGAGUUUGAGAGCGGGUGAUGUGGGUGCACAGAGGGCCUCAAUUGCGGAGAUCAUUGAAGGUUGUUGGAGGGGCUGCAUUGAGGCGGGUGAUGGGAUGGGAGAGAAGUCCGACAAGAAAUAUACGAGAGAAGAGGAGAUCGAUCGUUUGUUCAUUGCAGAUGCGAUUAUUGCCAAUCCUCCGAGCUACGGACAUAUCCACUGCGCAGAGAAAUUGGGUAUCCCUUUGCACAUGAUGUUCACAAUGCCUUGGUCACCUACACAAAACUUCCCACAUCCUCUUGCUUCACUGGACAGGAAUGAAUCAGACCCUGGAUUUGCGAAUUACAUAUCCUACACCAUGAUGGAGCUGUUGGCUUGGCAGGGUCUGAGCGAUGUAAUCAACGGGUUCCGCGUGAAGACUUUACAACUUGAUCCAAUAUCUCCUCUAUGGGGCCACAUGCUACUUUCCAGGAUGAAAGUUCCAUUUACAUACAUCUGGUCUUCAGCACUAAUAGCCAAACCGCCUGACUGGGGAUCGCAUAUCAAUAUCAGCGGCUUCGCUUUCCUGGACCAGUCUUCUUCCUACACGCCACCAGACGAUCUCAUGGCAUUCCUCAAAGCCGGUCCGCCACCAGUAUACAUCGGUUUCGGGUCCAUUGUUGUCGACAAACCCAAUGAACUGACGAGUAUGAUCUUCGGUGCUGUGAAGCGUGCUGGAGUUCGAGCUCUCGUCUCAAAAGGCUGGGGAGGUCUAGGAGCAGCUGAUGUACCCGAAGGUGUGUUCCUCCUAGGAAACGUUCCCCACGACUGGCUCUUCAAUUACGUCUCGGCCGUUGUUCAUCACGGUGGUGCCGGAACGACAGCUAUUGGUAUUGCGAUGGGUAAGCCGACCGUUGUGGUACCCUUCUUCGGAGAUCAGCCAUUCUGGGGAGCAAUGAUACAUCGGGCCGGUGCAGGACCAGAGCCCGUCCCAUUUAAGAAGAUGACAGAAGAGUCACUGGCGCAUAGCAUAACGACUGCUCUUGGUCCGGAUGUGCAGCGAGAUGUCAAGAUGAUGGCUGAGAAGAUUGCAGGCGAAGAUGGAGCAGUUGAUGCUGCUGCUUCAUUUCACCAAUCUGUCAAUAUGGAUACGAUGCGUUGUUUGAUGCGCCCAGAUCUGGUGGCGCAUUGGAGAGUCAAGAACACGAAUAUUCGGUUGAGUAGCUUGGCUGCCGCUACUUUGCUUGAUGCUGGAAUGUUGAAGUUCGGGAGUCAUAAGCUAGUUCGUCAUAGAGAUUGGUAUGUCGACGAAGGUGCAAGCGACCCCCUCAUUGGUUUCAUCUCAGUAGCCUCCGGGGCGGCCACAGCAACUAUCUCCAAGACCGUUCAAUACUCCAAGGGCAUGUCGAAAGUAAUACACAAGAAGCCCCCAAGCGAAUCUGAAUCCGCAGACGAAGCGCCAUACCUCGAACCAUCAACCAGUCUCGACUACUACCCAUCUCGCAACCCCGUACAGCACGCUGCGCAUUACUCACCGGCACAUCUCGAUGCACUAGCCUACAGGUUAGCGAGCAAAACAUUACCGAAUGCGAAGGAUAGGAAGAAAGCUGAGCGUACGCACUCGUGGAGUCCACCGCAGAGACUGCCAAAUAUUCUGCAUGGAAGUCACAAUAAGACGGUGCAUUAUCAUGGGAGAUUACAUGAUGCUAGUGUUGAGACUGGGCAUUUUGCUUACUCGAUGGCCGCGACUGUUUUGAGAAUCCCCGUAGCAUUCUUCUACAACCUCGCCAACGGUUUCCACAACGCCCCCUCCUUCCUCCUCUCCGACGACACCGUCCGCCGCCGGGAUAACAUCACCGGAUUCGGAUCCGGCGUCAAAGUCGCCUCCAAGGAAGUCUACUACGGCCUCUAUGACGGCAUCACUGGCCUCGUCACACAGCCCUACUCUGGCGCUCAACGCGACGGUCCAGUCGGUUUUGUCAAAGGUGUGGGAAGAGGCAUUGGAGGUUUGGCGUUCAAAACUACGGCUGCGGCGUUUGGUAUCCCGGGCUAUACGUUGAAGGGGUUGGAGAAGCAGUUGGAGAAGAGGUAUAGCAGGGGGUUGAAGGCGAAUUUGUUGGUUGUGAGGAUUAAGCAGGGGAUUUUGGCGUUUGAGAGGGCGAGUGAGGAGGAGCGAGAAGAGAUUCGAAAAAGGUGGGUGGAGUUGGGUUGUGAUUCUAUGUGAGUUCUGCAGGGAGCUGCACUGGGUGGGCAGAGUAAAUGGGGGGUUCUGAUCGCAUGGCGUAUGAUACCACCUGUAGCAUUCCAUCUGUUAAAGUUCUUACUAAUAAUUAUAAAUUCCUUAAUACCAAUUUUGGAGAAUGCAAAUUACUACUGUAAACCAAC